GAUCCCCACGCCCUGGCCAAGGAGAGGGAGAGUGCCCUGUCCCUGGCCAGCAUGGGGGGAUACACGGACAUUGUCACCCUGCUGCUGGAGAGGAACGUGGACAUCAACAUCUACGACUGGAACGGCGGCACCCCCCUGCUCUACGCCGUGCGCGGGAACCACGUCAAGUGUGUGGAGGCCCUGCUGGCUCACGGCGCUGACCUGACGGAGGAGGCGGAUUCCGGCUACACCCCCAUGGAUCUGGCCGUGGCCCUGGGCCACAAGAAAGUCCAACAGGUCAUCGAGAACCACAUCCUGAAGCUGUUCCAGAACAAGGGGCUGGAGUGACACGGGGCUGCAGCCCCAGCUCUGCUCUGGGACCAGGAAACGGGCCAUGGCACGAUGCUGCAGGCAAGGGGCACACAGAGGAGUCCAGGAAUCCAGCCCUCCAUGGAUCCACAGCUCUCCCAGGGUUGGCACAGCCCCGGUGCUCACACCCAGGGACGUUCAUUCCUCAGGGCAGCUGCGUUUCUGCCCCAUCCCAGGCUCAGCUGCUCUGUGUAUCCCAGGAUCACAUUUUCGGAAUUAAACCCUAAAGCAGC